UCUUAGCAAUGGUAUUCCCUUUAAUUAAACCAGCUGGUGUGAAAACAGCCUCAAAACCAUCAAUUUCGGUAAGAUUGAGUUAUUUUUGCCCCAAUCCAAGGUCACGUCAUAAAAUUGGCAACGUUCGUUAUGUCAAUUACGUCAACUGUCAAUCAAUUAAGAUGCCCAUUUAUUUUCAUCGCCCUAAAAGAUGAUUUUUAGUUAGUGUAGAAUGGAGGCUGCGGGCGAAUCGCGGGAAGUCCCCAUAACAGUCUUGAGGCCCAAAACCAAGGCACUGUUAUGCGACCUGUUGAACCCCCAGAUGUUCAUGCCAGGCCCUAAUGGGGUGCUCCGGUAUUGGAGAGGUUUGGCUGGCCUGUGCCAGAUUAGCCCCAAUUAUGAGGCGAGUCUUGUCAACGAUUCAAACCCCACAGAUAAAGUGUUACAGUUGUGGUAUGAAAAAGACCCCCAACGUUGUACUGUACAACAAUUGUUGUUAUUUUUAGAAGAGAUGGACCGGUUUGAUGUUGCGGACGAUGUCUUGGAUUUGAUCGAUGAGGACAUUAAAUUGUACAAAGCCAAUCCACAAGGCUAUGAACUCAAGCCUCUCUAUUCCGAAGCUGAUAAAUACAUUAUUACAACAGAUGACGUGAUAAGGAUUAAUGAAGGCCGGGAUUUGGAAAUUUACGAUGCGUUUUUAUUGUACGACCAUGAUGAUAUUGAAUUUGCCAUAGAAUUGUUGGACAGAAUGGAGAAGGAAUAUGGAAUGAAGUUCUGCGUUAAAGACCGCGAUUUGGUCGGAGGUGGCUUAGAAAUGGACAAAAUGAUUAAAUUAAUAACACAUCGGUGUAACCGUUUGGUUGUUAUUCUUUCAGAUUCGUUUUUUAAAAGCUCAGCCAAUGAGUAUUAUUUAAGUUUUGCACACGCUUAUGGAAUUGAAAGUCAAAGGAAAAUUAUUCCUUGCAUUUAUAAAAAUCUAACAACGAAUCCGCCACAUAUGAAGUGUCUCUUCACUUUGGAUUUUCAACGAAUGGCUGCUUUCAAUGUGUGGGAUAAGUUACGUGAUUCGAUCAGAGUGGUCAGUGCGGAAAAAUUCAAAGUUAACAGGUCCCAAUCCGACAAUGGUCAAGUGUUGAGGUCCGCUUUACAUCAGAGGGACCCUAUCGGUCUCAGACCGUUAAAUCACGGCGUAAAAUUUAGCAGUAGUGUAGGUGAUUUGAAAAGCACAGAGGCUAUAAGCGAACCACCGCUCAAUCCCAGUACAAGUGCCGACAAUUUAGAAUCGUGUUCGGAACAGAAAAAAGAGAAGAAAACCACUUUGUUGAAAAAAAUCAAAGGCCAUUUCAAGCGAGAUAAAGAUUGCUCAUCCAAGGCGGAAAAAGGAAGCAAAGGAUUGAAGAAACACUUGAAGCGAGCCACAGCCGUCGCGAACUGAUGCAUUUUAUUUGUGAUUUGUGUAAAUAAGUGCAAUUAUUUUUAAUAAAUAUGAUUGAAUUUGU